AUAUGGGAAAGGAUGAUGUCAUCGGAGGGAAUGUGAGCAAAUAUAUGGUGCUUCCAGCUGGAUACUGUGGACAGCCCAAGAAAGGACAUCUUAUCUUUGAUGCUUGCUUUGAAAGUGGUAACCUUGGACGGGUAGACCAGGUCUCUGAGUUUGAGUAUGAUUUGUUCAUUAGGCCGGAUACCUGUAAUUCACGCUUCCGAGUCUGGUUCAACUUUACUGUUGAAAACGUGAAAGAAUCACAGGUGAGGGAAAUAGUGAAUACCUUCAGUUUGGUUUUGAGAGUCAUUUUCAACAUUGUUAACUUCAGCAAAACCAAGAGUCUUUAUAGAGAUGGUAUGGCCCCUGUGGUGAAAUCUACUAGCAGACCAAAAUGGCAAAGGCUGCCACCUAAAAAUGUUUACUACUACCGCUGCCCAGACCAUAGGAAGAAUUAUGUGAUGUCCUUUGCAUUUUGUUUUGACCGAGAAGAAGAUAUUUACCAGUUUGCUUACUGCUACCCAUAUACAUACACCCGCUUUCAGCAUUACCUUGACAACCUGCAAAAGAGAAACAUGGAUUAUUUCUUUCGGGAGCAGUUGGGUCAGAGCAUGCAACAGCGGCAGCUUGACCUCCUGACAAUAACCAGCCCCGACAAUCUUCGGGAAGGGGCCGAGCAGAAGGUGGUAUUCAUCACGGGACGAGUCCAUCCAGGGGAAACACCCUCUUCUUUUGUGUGCCAAGGGAUCAUUGAUUUCCUCGUAAGCCAGCACCCGAUUGCCUGUGUCCUGAGGGAACACCUGGUCUUCAAGAUUGCACCAAUGCUCAACCCUGAUGGAGUCUACCUGGGCAAUUACAGGUGCUCUCUGAUGGGGUUCGACCUGAACCGUCACUGGCUGGAUCCCUCUCCGUGGGCCCACCCCACCCUGCACGGGGUGAAACAGCUCAUCAUUCAGAUGCACAACGACCCAAAAACAAGCCUGGAGUUUUAUAUUGAUAUCCACGCCCACUCCACCAUGAUGAAUGGCUUCAUGUACGGCAACAUCUUUGAAGAUGAGGACCGGUUCCAGAGGCAGGCCGUUUUCCCCAAGCUCCUCUGCCAGAACGCCGAGGACUUCUCCUACUCCAGCACCUCCUUCAACCGGGACGCCGUGAAGGCGGGCACUGGCCGCCGCUUCCUCGGAGGGGUCCUGGACCACACUUCCUACUGCUACACCCUGGAGGUCUCCUUCUACAGCUACAUCGCCAGGGGCACCACGGCCGCUGUGCCCUACACCGAGGAAGCCUAUAUGAAGCUGGGGCAGAACGUGGCCAGAACGUUUCUGGAUUAUUACCGGCUGGACCCCAUGGUUGAGAAACUGGCGAUCCCCAUGCCGAGGCUGAGGAAAGAAAAACCCCCUCCCUACAAGUACCCACUCCUGCGGGGCCCGGCCAGCAACCACCCCGUCGGCAAAGGGGACAAGAAGAGCUCAGUGAACCACAAAGAUCCUUCAGACUUUUUUUAA